CUUGUGCUUCACAAUAUGAGACCUAUUCAGAGAACAGAGAACGGUGAAUACCUUACUUAUGGGAUACUACCUGUAGUCUGCUGCAUUCAAAGGAGAGAAAGUGUCUGUAAUCAUUUGAUCUGAAGCUCUGUUAUUCAUGUGUGUGUAUCUCUGUUUAUACUUACAUUCAAGCUUCUGGUAGACGCUUUUAUCCUAAGUCACUUUCAAGUGAUGUACAUUUCUAACAAAUAACCAAUAUAUCAAAAUACGUAUCAAAUAUAUGUGCCAGUAUUGUAGAAAUUGCAUACCAGAAAGAGGAGAAGAGAGAAUAUAUUGUUUCAUUUUUUUCUUCUUAAAAUAUUACAGGAGACAUUCAAAGGAUCCAAUCUAACAAGAGUUGGAAUUCUGAGGAAAAAAGAAACAAAGACAGAAGUCCCCAUCGCUCACACCUAACCGAGCAUAUGAUGACACAUACUGGAAAAAAGCCACAUGAGUGUUCUCAGUGUGGGAAGGUCUUUAGUCACAUGUCUGCUCUCAAGUCACACCAGAGGACCCAUACUGGGGAAAAGCCGCAUCAGUGUUCUCAGUGUGGAAAGGUCUUUAGCCGAAUAGGUCCUCUCAAGAUACACCAGAGGAUCCAUACUGGGGAAAAGCCGUAUCAGUGUUCUCAGUGUGGAACAGUCUUUAGUCACAUGUCUGCUCUCAAGAGACACCAGAGUAUCCAUACUGGGGAAAAGCUGUAUCAGUGUUCUCAGUGUGAAAAGGCCUUUAGCCAAAUAGGUCAUCUCAAGACACACCAGAGAAUCCAUACUGGGGAAAAGCCGUAUCAGUGUUCUCAGUGUGGAAAGGACUUUAGACACAUGUCUGUUCUCAAGAAACACCAGAGGAUCCAUACUGGGGAAAAGCCGUAUCAGUGUUCUCAGUGUGGAAAGGCCUUUCGCCAAAUGGGUACUCUCAAGAGACACCAGAGGAUCCACGGUUCUGAUAUGAUGACACAUACUGGAAAAAAGCCACAUGAGUGUUCUCAGUGUGGAAACUCCUUUAAUGACACUUCUAGCCUCAAGCUACACCAGAGGAUCCAUACUAGGGAAAAGCCGUAUCAGUGUUCUCAGUGUGGAAAGGCCUUUAGCCAAAUAGGUACUCUCAAGAGACACCAGAGGACCCAUACUGGGGAAAAGCCGUAUCAGUGUUCUCAGUGUGGAAAGGCCUUUAGCCAAAUAGGUCCUCUCAAGACACACCAGAGGAUCCAUACUGGGGAAAAGCCUUAUCAGUGUUCUCAGUGUGGGAAGGUCUUUAGUCACAUGUCUUCUCUCAAGACACACCAGAGGAUCCAUACUGGGGAAAAGCCGUAUCAGUGUUCUCAGUGUGGGAAGGUCUUUAGUCACAUGUCUGCUCUCAAGACACACCAGAGGACCCAUACUGGAGAAAAGCCGUAUCCGUGUUCUCAGUGUGAAAAGGCCUUUAGUACAAUAGGUCAUCUCAAGACACACCAGAGGAUCCAUACUGGGGAAAAGCCGUAUCAGUGUUCUCAGUGUGUAAAGGCCUUUAGCCAUAUAGGUCAUCUCAAGAGACACCAGAGGACCCAUACUGGGGAAAAGCCAUAUCUGUGCACUACUUGUGGGAUGAGUUUCAAGUUGAAAUCAUAUCUGACCUCCCAUCAGAUCACACACUCUGGAGAAAAGCCACAUCACUGUUCAGAGUGUGGAAAGGCCUUUAGACAGAUGUCUGCUCUCAAGGUACACCAGAGGAUCCAUACUGGGGAAAAGCCGUAUCAGUGUUCUCAGUGUGGGAAGGCCUUUAGCAGAAUUCAUCAUUUCAAGACACACCAGAGGAUCCAUACUGGGGAAAAGCUGUAAUAGAACCCUCAUGAAUGCUCUGCGUGUGGGAAGAGGUUUGCUCAAAGUUCUCACCUAACCGAGCAGAUGAUGACACAUACUGGAAAAAAGCCACACGAGUGUUCUCAGUGUGGAAAGGUCUUUAGUCACAUGUCUACUCUCAAGAGACACCAUAGGAUCCAUACUGGGAAAAAGCCGUAUAAGUGUUCUCAGUGUGGGAAGGCCUUUGGUCAUAUAUCUCAAUUCAAGAUACACCAGAGGAUCCAUACUGGUGAAAAGCCACAUGAGUGUUCUCAGUGUGGAAACUCCUUUAAGGACACUUCUAGCCUCAAGAGACACCAGAGGAUCCAUACUGGUGAAAAGCCGUAUCAGUGUUCUCAGUGUGGAAAGGCCUUUAGUCACAUGUCUUCUCUCAAGACACACCAGAGGAUCCAUACUGGGGAAAAGCCGUAUCAGUGCACUACUUGUGGGAUGAGUUUCAAGAGGAAAUCAUGUCUCACCACCCAUCAGAUCACACACUCGGGAGAAAAUCCACAUCACUGUUCAGAGUGUGGGAAGGUCUUUAGCCACAUGUCUGCUCUCAAGAGACACCAGAGGAUCCAUACUGGGGAAAAGCCGUAUCAGUGUUCUCAGUGUGGGAAGGCAUUUAGUACAAAUGAUCAUUUAAAGACACACCAAAGGAUCCAUACUGGGGAAAAGCCGUAUCAGUGUCCUCAGUGUGGAAAGGCAUUUAGUAUAAUAGGUAAUCUCAAGAGACACCAGACUAUCCACAGUUCUGAUCAAAUGAUGACACAUACUGGGAAAAAACCACACGAGUGUUCUCAGUGUGAAAAGGCCUUUAGUACAAUAGGUCAUCUCAAGACACACCAGAGGAUCCAUACUGGGGAAAAGCCGUAUCAGUGUUCUCAGUGUGGAAAGGCCUUUAGUACAAUAGGUAAUCUCAAAAAACACCAGAGGAUCCAUACUGGGGAAAAGCCUUAUCAGUGUUCUCAGUGUGAAAAGGCCUUUAGCCAAAUAGGUCCUCUCAAGACACAUCAGAGGACCCAUACUGGGGAAAAGCCGUAUCAGUGUUCUCAGUGUGGAAAGGCCUUUAGCCAAAUAGGUCAUCUCAAGACACACCAGAGGAUCCAUACUGGGGAAAAGCCGUAUCAGUGUUCUCAGUGUGUAAAGGUCUUUAGUAACAUGUCUGAUCUCAAGAAACACCAGAGGACCCAUACUGGGGAAAAGCCGUAUCAGUGUUCUCAGUGUGGGAAGGUCUUUAGUCACAUGUCUAAUCUCAAGACACACCAGAGGAUCCAUACUGGGGAAAAGCCGUAUCAGUGUUCUCAGUGUGAAAAGGCCUUUAGCGAAAUAGGUAAUCUCAAGACACACCAGAGGAUCCAUACUGGGGAAAAGCCGUAUCAGUGUUCUCAGUGUGGGAAGGCCUUUAGUACAAAUGAUUAUCUCAAGACACACCAGAGGACCCAUACUGGGGAAAAGCCGUAUCAGUGUUCUCAGUGCGGAAGAGCCUUUGGCCAAAUAGGUCAUCUCAAGAGACACCAGAGGAUCCACGGUUCUGAUAAGCCUUUUGUCUGUUCUGAAUGUGGGAAGAGCUACAGAAGUCCCCAUCGCUCACACCUAACCGAGCAUAUGAUGACACAUACUGGAAAAAAGCCACAUGAGUGUUCUCAAUGUGGAAACUCCUUUAAUGACACUUCUAGCCUCAAGCUACACCAGAGGAUCCAUACUGGAGAAAAGCCGUAUCAGUGUUCUCAGUGUGAAAAGGCCUUUAGCCAAAUAGGUCCUCUCAAGAGACACCAGAGGACCCAUACUGGGGAAAAGCCGUAUCAGUGUUCUCAGUGUGUGAAGGCUUUUAGUACAAUUGAUUAUCUCAAGUCACACCAGAGGACCCAUACUGGGGAAAAGCCGCAUCAGUGUUCUCAGUGUGGAAAGGCCUUUAGUCACAUGUCUUCUCUCAAGACACACCAGAGGAUCCAUACUGGGGAAAAGCCGUAUCAGUGUUCUCAGUGUGGAAAGGCCUUUAGCCAAAUAGGUCCUCUCAAGACACACCAGAGGACCCAUACUGGGGAAAAACCGUAUCAGUGUUCUCAGUGUGGAAAGGACUUUAGACACAUGUCUGCUCUCAAGAAACACCAGAGUAUCCAUACUGGGGAAAAGCCGUAUCAGUGUUCUCAGUGUGUGAAGGCUUUUAGUACAAUUGAUUAUCUCAAGACACACCAGAGGAUCCAUACUGGGGAAAAGCCGUAUCAUUGUUCUCAGUGUGGAAAGGUUUUUAGCCAAAUAGGUUCUCUCAAGGCACACCAGAGGAUCCACACUGGGGAAAAGCCGUAUCAGUGUUCUCAGUGUGGAAAGGCCUUUCGCCAAAAUGGUCCUCUCAAGAGACACCAGAGGAUCCACGGUUCUGAUGUGCUGCCCUGAUAAUACUUGAUAAAGUAUAAUUUCUUUAAAUGUCUUUGGUUAGAUUACUUUUAAACAACAUGUGAUGUACAUGAUUACGUUUAAUUUCUUCAUGUCUGAAGCAUGUGUUGGGGUAGAGAUUGAAACCUAAGUUUUUCAAGUGUGUGAUGGUAGAUCUAGAUGUGUUCUAGAUUCAGCUUUCUAGAUAUGAGGCCAUAAACAGAUCAUCUUGUGAAGGCUGUGAGCUUGGCAACAGCUGAAAUAUGUGUUGAGUCUCGGGGCGGGGUGGGGGUGCACAGAAAGGAUGGUAGGGAACAAAGCAUUGUCAUUGUCAAAAGGGUACACAGACAAACAUGGCUACCUCGAGAAAACAGACUCUGCACUCACUGUAGUAAUCGGGUAGUGGAGCAUGAGUUUCUUUUCCUGACAGAAUGUAAUAAGUACAACAACAUCAGGGGAACCUACUUAUCAAGAACAGAAGAUAUUUGCUCUGGGUUUAUAAAAAUGAAAAGAGAAGAUAAAAUCACUCCUAGGGCAAAUAGGUGAAUACAUACACCUAAUCUCCUAGUAUCUUCUCUCUUGCCACAUAUUGAGAGAUAAUACCACAUAACUGUAAAUAAUGAAUAAAACAUUAACGUUUAUUGUUGUUUUUUUUCUUUGGUUAAUUACAUAUUUUUUUUACUGAACGGUAUGCCAGUUUAUUUUAUAAUAUUUUUCACUUCACGAUUUUUUACUUCAUUUAUUAUGACUCACACAACCCAUUGCCAUGCUAGUUUGCAUUCCAUAAGCUACUGCAGCUGAAGGGCUAGGUUUGAAUCCAGGAAGAUAAUUGGUCAGAUUCACAACUUCAGCAACUAAACCAUCAUAUACGAUUUUUCUCACCACUAUCUAUCUACACUACCUAAUCUAUUGAUGGUACUUUUCAUGAUUGGCUGAUACAUAAAGACCCCUGACAUGGUGGAGGAUCAUUUAAACCACCAUAAACUAUGUAUUUAGUGAAAUUGAUGAAGUAUACAAGUAAUUUAACAUCCAUUUAGACA